CUCGCCCGCCUGCCCACUGGCUCCGCGUGCGUUCGUCGGCCGUGUCUGCGUGCUGGGCAUUCGCCCGGUGCGCUCGCGGUCGGCGUGCGCAUCGCGCUUCAUGGCGCCACGGCGACUGCGCCCUGCGCCUGCCACAUUCUCCCAUCCGUCCGAUUCCUUCGCUGAUGCACCCGCGGUCCGGUCGUCGGCCGUGUUUAUGUGCUGGGCUUAUGCCCUGCGCGUUCACGAUCAACGUGUGUUCUGCGUGCCCCGGCCCUGCCGACCAUAGCCCACGCCCGUUCUUAGCCAGCUCGCUCGCGUGCAAUAAUGGCACUCACCUUCGCGGGGUGGUGCCCACGGCGAGAGAGGGAGAGAGUGGCAGUGGCAGAUUGGCAUGAGGCAACGCCGCGAGCGAUUCGACGGCCCGCACAGGAUCAAGCAUGCUUCCAAACUUAGAGGAUUCGGCUAGGUCGAAGAGCGCAG